AUGGUUAGGAUCGCAGUGGCCGGUGGCUCAGGGCAAGUUGGCCGAGAAGUCAUCGAUGCUUUAGUGGCUACUAAAAAGCACGAGAUAACCAUUUUCACUAGGAAUAAGUCUACACUUGGCGACAAAACACCAGGAGUCACAUGGCUUGCUGUCGACUAUGACAACAAGAGGGAGCUAAUUGAUGCCCUGCAAGGAAUUCACACUGUUUUAUCCUUCACCCAACUCAUGGCGGAUCCGGGAAAUACAGCGCAGAAGAAUUUGAUAGAUGCUGCGAUUGUCGCGGGCGUGAAACGCUUUGCACCAAGCCAAUGGGGAAGUGCAUCGACAGUGGGUAUGCCUUGGUGGGCAGGAAAAGACGAGGUCAAUGAAUACCUGAAGAAGGUGAAUGAGGGUGGAAAAGUCCUCGAGUAUACUCUGUUCCAACCAGGCUUAUUCCUGGAAUAUCUGGCUACUCCGCAUAAAACGGCCAAACAUCUGGAGCCGCUGAACACGAUGAUUGACUUCCAAAAUCGACGUGCAAUAGUUGUUGAUGGUCAUGACGCUAUCAUGACCUAUACCACAAUCGGAGAUCUUGCCGCAGUCGUCGCCAGAGCAGUCGACCUCGAUGGGGAGUGGCCAGUGAUCGGUGGUAUUAGCGGUAACAGGGUGCCAAUCUCAAAGGUUCUCGAAAUUGGCGAGGAAGUUCGAGGUGGUAGUUUCGCCAUUGACAAGGUCAAACUCGAAGAUCUUGAAAACGGAAUUCUCACGGCAUCGUGGACGUUGGAAGCGAGGCACCCAAGCGUUACUAGAGAACAGGCCGAAAAGAUGCUAAAGACUGUUCUUAUUGGCACUCUUAUAAGCAGUGUAAAGGGUGCUUGGGAUGUAUCGGACGAAUUUAACCAGCUGCUGCCAGAUUUCAAGUUCACUCAGAUAGAGGACUUCCUUGCCACGGUCUGGAAAGGCAAGCCAUAG